CCCUGGGUACAUAACUCCAUGGUGAUGCAGUGAGCCUGUUGUGUGUAGAGACUGGAAACCAAAGUAAAGUAAACGGGGGAGGGUCGUCUACGGGGGGCUUUCAGCGAGUUACAAUGCGUCUUUCACGGGUGUUAAACGGUGUCGGUGAACGAUGAGCCAACUUCGCCGGACGUCUCGAAGCGGAAUGAGCCACUCUUGAGCCCCGAAAACGAGUGUUUCUUGGCGGGGGGAGAACGAGCAUGCAGAAGCCGAGCGCCCCCGCUCCCUGCUGUCGGCUUCACUGGGGAAAUGGUAGCGUACUGUCGGCACCGUACUUGGAAGGAACAUGGUCGAGGAGGAGCAGCAAAUUCUUGUUGAUCGUCGUCGGAUCCGUGUGUUUCAUGCUGAUUCUCUAUCAGUACGUGGCUCCCGGGGUGAUCAAUUUUGGCUCCCCGCACAGUUAUUUCACGGGAGGAGAUGAGGGGGACAUCUUUCCCACUCCGGACCCCCACUACGUUAAGAAAUACUACUUCCCUGUCAAGGACCUGGAGAGGACGAUCGAUUUCCAAAUCAAGGGAGAGGAUGUGAUAGUGUUUUUGCACAUCCAGAAGACCGGGGGGACUACCUUCGGCAGACACCUGGUCCAGAAUGUCCGUCUGGAGGUCCCCUGCGACUGCAGACCGGGCCAGAAGAAGUGUACCUGCUACCGGCCGAACCGCAAGGAGACCUGGCUCUUCUCUCGGUUCUCCACCGGCUGGAGCUGCGGCUUGCACGCCGACUGGACCGAGCUCACCAACUGUGUGCCGGGGGUCCUCAACAAGAAGGAGAACAAACAGAAAAACCCAAGGAAGUUCUACUACAUCACUCUACUGAGGGACCCGGUGUCUCGAUACCUCAGCGAGUGGCGGCAUGUGCAGCGGGGCGCCACGUGGAAGACCUCGCUGCACAUGUGCGAUGGACGGACCCCCACGCCUGAGGAGCUGCCCUCCUGCUACGAGGGCUCUGAUUGGUCGGGCUGUACCCUGCAGCAGUUCAUGGACUGUCCCUACAACCUGGCCAACAACAGACAGGUUCGUAUGCUGGCGGACCUGAGCCUCGUCGGCUGCUACAACAUGUCCACAGUUCCAGAGAAGAAGAGGGCCCAGCUCCUCCUGGAGUCAGCCAAGAAGAACCUAAGAGACAUGUCCUUCUUUGGUCUGACGGAGUACCAGAGGAAAACCCAGUUCCUGUUUGAACGGACCUUCAGGUUACGCUUCAUCAGGCCUUUCAUGCAGUACAACAGCACCCGGGCAGCAGGGGUGGACCUGGACAACACUACAGUCCAGCGUAUCGAGGAGCUGAACGAGCUGGACAUGGAGCUGUACGACUACGCCAGGGAUCUGUUCCAGCAGCGCUACCAGUACACCCGGCAGCAAGAGAGGCGGCAGCAGCGCAUCAAGAACCACCUGCAGCAGAGCCACCAGGGCCUGGGCCUGGGCGUCAGCCUGUGGCCCUCCCACGGCCGGCAGAGCUCCGUGUCCACACAGGAAGAGGGGGAGGGAGAGGGGGAGAAGGAGAAGGAGGAGAGGGGGGAGGGCGGCGAAGAGGGAGGCAGGACGGAGGAGGCGGGCAGCAGGCUCCCCACUGAGGACUACAUGAACCAGAUCAUCAACCGCUGGUAGCAGCAGAAUGAGAACACAGACAUGCAUAUGUAAUGUGAAAUACACACACACACACACACACACACACACACACACACACACACACACACACACACACAUACAUAUAUAUACACACACACACACACAGAGUGGCGCCUGCAUCAAAAGACCCAAUUGACUGACUUUACUGGAGAGUUGGGAUGCGGGAGUGAGAGUCACAGUGGUUGCUAUGGAGACCUGGGCUUGGUCGAUUGCAUCAGCUCACAUUAUUGAGGUUCGCCCAGUUGUUAUAAGCACCCGCUUGCCCUUCUCCUCUCCCCCCCCCCCCCCCCCUCUGAGUUUCUCCGUCUCUCCCAUCAUCAUUACUGACUGAGCGGAGGAGAGAUAUUUUUCAAAGUUGCUGACAACCGAAUAUCUCGACCAUCCUUCCCGCGUCCUCAUCCUCCUCCUGUAUUCCUCUUGUUCUCUGUGGCCUAAUAUGGAGCAUGAGAAAAUCAAAUUAAAGUCUGUGAAUUCCCACACACUCUCGCUAAAAGACCAGUCUAUCUCCCGGAUGCUCCAGUUUCCAAAGAACUGGGGAAAGUGUAAAAGUAUGCUAAUGGCUGAGCUGAACAAAGAGUGGGAGUACAUGAGACUGAACCUGAAAGGAAGAAAGGAGCAAAGAGAAGUCGGACUGAGUUGUGUAAUAAAGCUUUCUGCUUAAAAAAAUAAUCAGCCAUUUUACCCAUGAACACGCUUUGGUCAUGAAAUAAUGACAUCCUCAUAUUAGGAUGAUUUUAUUUGUAUUUUUCCUUUUUGCUUAUGCUUUUUUUAAUGCAGAAUUGUAAUAACACUGAGACCAAUAUUGCUGCCUAAAGAAAAGUGAUUCCUUUAUUUCUUUAUUUUUAUUGGUUUUAUAAGUCAAAGCUAAUAGAUCGGAUUGAUGUACAAUGGACCAUAGCCAUUACUGAAGCCUUGCAUUUUAGGGGGGGUUCGGGGGGGGGGGGGGGGGGGGGGAAGUUGCCUGUUUCUUUUGUUAAAGGUUCCCAAAGCUCCUGUCGCUUAACAAGUUCAUUAUUUCUUCCUUUCUCUCCCUUUUUUUCCGGAUCUCAGUCCUGCAGAGAAUGACAGCCAAUUACAGUCAGAUCUCACAUAGGUGUGUAGAAAUCGAAGAAGGGGGGGGGGGAAGCGAGUCUGCGGCAGGUUGUUGCCAGGAGCCGUGCUGUAUGAGCGGCAGGCGCUUUGGAAACCUUAACUCAGACAAAUGCUCCAGAUGGGAGUUGUGGAACUACCGGUCACCAUGGCAAUGUGAGCCCUUAAUACAGUGGGUGGCAUUUACACUUUCUCUGGGUUUUUCUUUUCCUUACCAAGAGCUGCGUUGUAAAAAAUCGGCUAUCUCAAACAAACAAGCCUCCUCCCCACCUCCUGAAAGGGCACAUGUAGCCGCGGUGACCUGCAGUUCGUUAGCGACCCGUUUAGUUUUACCCUGAAGAACGCACGGGGUGAGGUAGCAGUGCCUCUAUGUACUGGGAUCAUAGUCAACAUUAUUUUUUGCCUGAUGUUACGUCUGCAUUAUACUACAGUGAUUUCUCUGACUACUCGUGUGUCUGCGCGGAUGAGUGUGUUUCUGUGUGUGUGUAAAUAGUAUGUACAGUAUGCCUUUGAUUGGCGUAUGUGUAUGCCUUUGUAAAUAGUGUGCCUGACUGAGAGGGGAUGCCUGAUGACUUGUGAAUGACUGGUUCCAUGACCAAUUAUCUUGCUUUUUUUUUUGAUGGAGGGCAGGGCAACAAAGUCCCUCGACUAUCGCAGUGAUGCAAGCCAAUAAUACCCCCUCUCAUCCUUUCUUUAACAUUUUCCUUCCCCCUUUUUCUUGUCUUCUCCCCAUGACGUAGUUACACAUGAGGACUGUAUCGCUAUAACUAUCUAAAAUACUAAUUUACGUUUAAAAAAAUCUGCCAGUGUGACACGUCUUUACCCUUGAAUGCAAAAUCUACAAGUAGUGUUGGGUUACGACAACCUGCUCUGCCAGUGGCUCCAAAUUCUGUAACCCAAUCAGGAAUUUUGACUUGAGCUUGUUAUUCACGUUUCUUUUCUUAUGAACUUGGUUCUCGCUUGUCACAAACACUAAACUCUUAACCUAACAAAUCUCUUAUUGAAUAUUUCAUUUCCUGCUGCACUGUAGUAAACCUGAAUGUAGCUUUCGCCGUUUGUAAAGCCAAACAUCGCCGACCCAUUUUUGUAGCAUUCCCAACAAAAAAAGGUGCAAAUCAAAAUGUUAUGUUUUCCCUUUCUAUUCAGCAUCUGGUCAAAUCUUCUAAGAAGUUUUUUUGAAAGAAAAACUUUUUGCCAAAGGUAAAUUCAAUAUUUAAAUCAAGUAUUUUCACAGAUUGUGAAAUGACCUGAGCAGCUGACUUGGUGUACAUUACAGUUUAGAGAAAAUAUUGGAUUUUAAUCAUGGAUUCACCCCAGGUUAACAUUUGAUCAGUCUGAAAAGAAUUGGUUUGUACCUGCAGAGUGCUGAGAUUUCAGAUUAUAUUCAAUAAAUAUUACAUUUGUAUUGGCCUGAACUAAACUUUUUGUAAUGACAGAGAAACAUUCCACCUCUGCUAAUGGACUCUGUGGUUUUGUAGUUCAACAAAACCAACAGAAGGAUUACUUUUCAUUAGAGAAUCUAUCUGAUUGUAUCACGUUCAUUUGUAUUCUGUUUAUCCUGUUUUCAGGUUGUAGGUGCAGCUUGUGUUUCUGCCAACUUAAUGUGAUAAUAGAUCUUUGAGUUUGAACUCAUUCAAACUCUUAACCUGAGAAUGUUCAAUAAGGGAUUUCGAAAGGUUUCUGAUACAUGAAUACUGAUUUCAUAGUCCAUCAAAUGUUAAUGAAGCCCAUCCCAAAUCAAAGCAAUGAAUCUGAGCAAUAAGAGGGAACACCAAGGAGAAGAAGGUGGAGAAGAGAAUGUAAAAGUGGGCAAGAGACGUGUCACAGCACGAUAUAAUUAAACUGAAUGUAGUCCAUGCAGAGGGGCAAAGGGAGGAUGCAUGCUUUCUUGGUAUAAGAUAAAUAACAUGUCGCAUCCUGUUCCUAACAAUAGAUGUUCUGAAGAAAGGAGAAACCAACAAUUUAGCCGCAGACCACCCUUCUCAAUACAUUUAAACUAAUCACCCUGGAUCCUCUAUUGUCUUUCCUUUUGAUCAGCUCCUUUCAACAAAUCAUGUGAGGAGAGGAGGGUUGAUACAAGGUAUUGGGAUGUGUCCAGGGUCAAUAUGCUGCUUUUUGUGUAGCCUUCAAAGUAACGCAAAUGGUAAUGGUAAGAGAGAUGUCCCUUCUUUUGUUUGGUAUUAACUUCCCCUGCAUUGUAUUCUUGAAACUGGAGACCUGAAAACACUGCAGCUCCAGGCAUUUUGCCCACAACCUCUUUUUCAGAGUCAGUCUUGCGUUCGGGCUCCAAACCAAUAUCUGGCUCUGCAUUAGUGGCCGAAGACAGAACACAAAAGUAAUCUGCCUUCAGAGUGUUUUAUUUUCAGCGCUCCAGUUUCGAGUGACCAUCAGCCUUGAAGCAGUGCUCACAAAUACUCCCAGUAUCCCGAAACAAAAACCUUUCAUUGAAAUUAUUCCAGGAAUUGACGCUGUAAAGCUAUACUCAAAUAUUUUACGUCUCAUCACUAUGUAUAUCUGAUGUCUUAACAGCGUUUCCUUUGUGACAAUGAAGCAACCCGGGUAACAUCAUCCUCUUUUUGUUUCUUUGUGUUUUUGUUUUUUUAAAGAUGUGUUAAAAACGGUGUGAUAGAGACUUGUUUUUUGGGAUUGGUCUGCAGUUUGUCUCUGGCUCCUUCUGUAUGCAUCAUUCUGGGUUUGUUUCUUAUGAUUGCAAAAAUGAAUCAUCAAGCCACCAAUUAAAAAUAUUUCAUUUUUACAGA